AUGCCAUAUGUAACCGUUUGCUCAUUUCAAAUGCAUCCCCGGGGAGCCAUUGUGCAUGAAGACAAAUUGAUGUAUCGAGUGACUGUCGAGGAUCCAGCUAGAGAGCUUCUUUUCAAUCGUGAGCGAACAAUUGAUGCAUCGAUGACCGCUUUGGGAGAGAUUUUCCCGAAAAAGGGAGAGUUGAAACUCGGAGAAUUCGAACUUGAAUACUUUGAUGAAAUUGCGCUGCAA